UAUACAGAACUGUGAGAAAACUCUUUUAAAGUAUUUUCUUGCUUUGUAACUAAAAAGGCCAGAAUGAAGUCAAGUUGUAAUUUCGAUGAAAAGAGAUACACGUUGGAUGAAGCCAUAGAGAUAGCAGGACAUGGAAAAUUCAAUGUGUUUAUAAUCCUAAUAUCGGGCAUUGUGAUGUUGGGCGCUGGAGUAGAAACCGUAACAAUAGCUUUCGUGUUGCCUUUUGUCAACUGUGAUCUAAAUAUGACUACAACGCAAAAAGGUCUCGCAACUUCAAUCCAAUACUUGGGAAUCAUCAUAAGCUCACAUUUUUGGGGUGUACUGUGUGAUACUUGGGGAAGGGCCAAGGUUAUAAAAUUGGCCGCCAUGUGUGCCUUCAUCAGUGCUACAUUGUCUGCAUUUUCAGUGAAUGCAACGGUUUUGAUUUUUCUACGCUUUAUCAUCGGGAUAUUCAUUUCAGGUCUGCAAGCAAGUGUUUUCUCUUACGUUAGUGAAUUUCAUACACGAACAUCGGCUCCAAGAGCUGCAUCGUUCGUAUCUAUUUUCAUGCCAGUAAUAUAUCUGUAUGCGUCUAUAAUUGGCUAUUUUGUGAUUCCAAUGAACUGGCAGUUCGACAUUUAUUUCAUCAAUUUCGUGCCAUGGCGAUUAUUUCUAAUCCUUUUGGCUUUGGUGAAUGCUGCAAUUGCUAUUACUUUUAUAUUUAUGCCAGAAACACCGAAAUUUCUUCUCACAAUGAAUGAACAUGAUGAAUCGGUGAAAGUACUGAGACAAAUGUACGCAAUAAAUACCGGAAAUUCAAAGGAGAUGUAUCCAGUUGUGCAUUUAAUACCAGAAGCCGCCGGAAAUAGUUUGACGGCGACGAAGGGAUUUUUGAACAUUUUAAAGCUCGUUUGGAAUCAAACGAAACCGAUUUUUGUAGUGCCAUAUUUGGACAGUACUUUGAAACUGUGCUUUUUGAUGUUUACUCUCUUUGCAAUUGGUCAUGGUCUGACGUUGUGGUUCCCCUAUUUUUUGAAUGAGUUGCAAAAUAAUAUGGAUUCAAGCAAUACGUUAUGUGGUGUUAUUGGACACAAAAGAGUCGUUUCUACAAGCAAUGAUGUAUGCAAUGCUGAUAACAGCAACACAACAAUUUACCAAGUCAUGUUCUUCAUCGGUUUGACGUUCACCAUUUUAUCUACUUUGAUAAGCAUCUACUUGGAUAAAAUUAGCCCAAGAAUUUUAGUUCCUAUUUGGCUGGUGUUAUCGGCUACAUGUUCAGUGGCGUUGAACGUUUUAACGGAUUUUUACUCAAUUGUCGGAACAUUCAUCACUUUUCAGAGCUGCUGUAUAUGCGCUACAAUAAUUAGUGCCAUUUCCGUGAGUUUGUUCCCAACAAAUGUCCGUGCCAUGGCCACAUGCUUCAUUUAUAUGUUCGGGCGUAUCGGAGGUCUAGUUGGAACAAAUUUGGUUGGUGUAAUGGUAGAACAUGAUUGCAGUCUCAUUUUCAAUGUAUUUGGCGCUCUUACUCUGACUUGUGCAUUUGUUUUCCUUUUCGUCAAAAGUAAGAUGCCCGAACCAAUACAAAAGGUUCAAAGAAACGAUGGUGAUGGCUCGGCAUAGCCUCAUUAUUAUAAAGUUGUCACAAAAUAUUAGAUACAUACCUAUUCCACUACAAAGUCAAUUAAUAAUUUACUAAUAGAAAAUGCCAAGUGUUGACUUCAUUUGAAUUUGUUUUUAUUCCUCUCAAAUAAAAUUUCGGUUAAAUGUAUUUCUUUUGUCCUGUGGUUAAGUAAUUGCCUAUCCCGAUUAAAUGUUAUAACACAUUGUAUAGUUUAGACAGGAUAUUGGGCUCGUGGGAUUAACAAUAAAAAAAAAACAAUAAUUAUUCAAUAUGAUGGAUACAAUGGUAGAACGUUUAUAUGAACGACGGUGAUUAAAAUUAGGAUUGUGCGCUUCAAAGACACAGACUACUUGAAUUCAAAUGGAAUUGUAUCGUAACACGUGUACACGCCCAUUGGAACAAUAAUGACUUGUAAAUUUAACAAAUUUCUUUCUUUGCCGAUGAGAUGCGGACUUAGUUUGAUGGUGCUCAGCUCCAGUUCACCGUAUGGAAGUAAAUUGUCGAUAUUUAGUGUUGGAUUUGUUUUUGAAAAGUAUGACGUACACACAUGAACCGUACGAACGUGCUUGAUGUCAUUUUGAACGCCAGUGAUUAGCACACCAAUCUGCAGGGAAGAAAAAAUACAUUGAAAAAAAUCGCCCCUUCAAACUUUAGUCAAAAUAAAAUUAUCUCACCAUGAAUUUUUGAUCAAUCUCCAAAUUUGAUUUACAGGUGACGCUUAAACGAACAGUGCGUAACAGGACUUCGGGUAUUUCAAGCGAACCAGGCAAAUUGUAAACAUUGAUUAUCUGGGCUUUGCCAUGUCGAAUUCCACUAAAUAAUUCAAAUGAUUUACAUUAAAAACAAAUAAAAAAUCGGAAA